AUGGGUAUCAAGCAGCUCUUCCAGAUCAUCAAGGAGGAAGCUCCUGAAGCCAUCAAGGAGGGAGAAAUCAAAAACCACUUUGGUCGAAAAGUAGCUAUUGAUGCUUCGAUGAGCAUAUACAGUUUCCUUAUUGCCGUGCGCUCUGAUGGACAACAGCUCAUGAACGACAGCGGCGAGACGACGUCCCACCUAAUGGGAAUGUUUUACCGCACACUGCGAAUGGUCGACAACGGCAUCAAGCCGCUCUACGUGUUUGACGGUGCCCCGCCAAAGCUCAAGUCUGGCGAGUUGGCAAAGCGAUUUCAGCGCAAGCAGGAGGCUACAGAGGGCUUGGAGGAAGCCAAGGAGACGGGCACGGCCGAGGAUGUAGAGAAAUUUUCGAGGCGGACUGUGCGCGUGACGAGGGAGCACAAUGCCGAGUGCCAGCGACUGUUGAAGCUCAUGGGUAUUCCUUUCAUCAUCGCGCCAACGGAAGCCGAGGCGCAAUGUGCGGUUUUGGCGAGGGCUGGCAAGGUGUAUGCCGCAGCUAGCGAGGACAUGGAUACGCUGUGCUUCAACACUCCGAUCUUGUUGAGGCAUCUUACUUUUAGUGAGCAGCGAAAGGAACCUAUUCAGGAGAUUCAUCUUGACAAGGUUCUCGAGGGAUUAAACAUGGAGAGAUCUCAGUUUGUCGACUUGUGUAUUCUCCUCGGUUGCGACUACCUUGAUCCGGUUCCUAAAGUCGGCCCUACAACAGCCUUGAAGCUCAUUCGCGAGCAUGGAACGCUUGAAAACGUUGUGGAUGCUAUUGAGAAGGACUCGAAGAAGAAGUACACACUGCCCGAAGACUGGCCUUACAAGGACGCACGAGACUUGUUCUUCGAACCCGACGUUCGAAAAGCAGAUGAUCCGUUGUGCGAUUUCAAGUGGGAUAAGCCUGAUGUCGAGGGACUCGUUACAUUUCUUGUCACAGAGAAGGGGUUUUCUGAGGACAGAGUUCGCGGUGCGGCUGCUCGGCUGGAGAAGAAUCUCAAGACAUCACAACAGGCGCGACUGGAGGGCUUUUUCAAGCCGAUUCCCAAGACGGAUGCGGAAAAGGCUGCCCACAAGAGGAAACUGGACGAGAAGAACGAGGAGAAGAAGAAGAAGCUGAAGCAGGACAAGAAGGACAAGGCGGCCCAAAAAGCAAAGCCUCGAGGAACGGCUUAA